CGAACAUAUACCCACGUAGGUUCCUUUGCUACGAUUCAGUGUGUGGUUCUUGGCUCGAUCUAAAUGUUUGACUGUUGCUUCAGGAAAUGAAAAUUUUGCUGUUAUUUGCUGGGUUCGCGACCGCCUUCGCUCAGAACCAAAGUAAUUGGUACCCAUCUUACCACCUGGCUCCUCCCGGUGGUUGGAUGAACGAUCCCAACGGUCUCAUUUAUUUCGGGGAUUACUAUCAUGCAUUUUUCCAACACACACCCAACAGCACCGCGUCCGAUGGUCUAAAACAUUGGGGACACGCUAGAAGUCGCGACUUGGUGAACUGGGAACAUCUUUCUGUAGCCCUCACGCCGUCAAUACCACAAGACAGUGAUGGAUGUUUCUCGGGAUCGGCAGUAGAUAACAACGGCACCCUGACUCUCAUUUAUACCGGCCACUCUCUUACCAAUGACAGUUAUCAUGAAGUUCAACUUUUAGCAACUUCCGAUAAUACGGUGGACUUCGAUAAACAAGGCACCAUUUUAGAGAGCGAGGACUACUUCAAGGAUUUCCGUGAUCCCAAAGUGUGGAAGGAAAACGACGACUGGUUUGUGAUUCUGGGAACCAACAACAACUCCUACGGUCAAGUGGUCCUGUACAAGUCGCCAGACUUACAGCAAUGGGAGUUCCAAGGAGUUCUAGCAGGCCCGCGCGAGAAGCUCGGCUACAUGUGGGAGUGUCCAGACUUCUUUUCUCUGGACGGCAAGCAAGUUCUAACUUUCAGUCCUCAAGGUCUUGAAGCGAACGGUUACGACUACCUAAAUUUGUACCAGACUGGUUACUUGGUUGGGAAUUGGACCCCAGGUGCUGAGUUUGACAUUGAAACGUCCUUUAUAGAACUAGACAGGGGACAUGACUUUUACGCGACGCAGAGUUUUUUGACGCCGGACGGUAGGAGAGUGUUGCUCGCAUGGAUGGACAUGUGGGAGUCGCCAUUUCCGGAAAGCGCCAACGGGUGGGUCGGUUCGAUGACACUACCGCGCGAAAUUUCUUUGAAUGAGAAUAACGAGAUCAUACAAAAUCCUAUCAGAGAAGUCGAAUCUCUCAGAGCUCAUAUUUCCGUGAGCCUGAGCCAAUUUAACGUCACUAAUGACUCUGCAAGGAACAUAGACUUCGACAUUGCAACCAAAGAAGUAAACAUCGUUUGGAAUUUGACGGGAAGCGAUGCCAGACAAUUCGGUUUCCAUCUGGGCGAAGAAAGUUCCGACGAAGGGACACUUCUGUAUGUCGACAAGGAUAUCAACAGACUCGUUCUGCAGCGCAAUUAUCCAGCGUAUAAUCUGACAGCUUCUAACAGAACUGUGGAUUUGUCGCCGUUCCCGAAGGAAUCAUUAUCGACGAGGAUAUUUUUUGACCAUUCUUCGAUCGAGGUGUUCGUAAACGAAGGCGGAGCUACGAUGAGCAGCAGGAUCUAUCCGGACGAUAACCAAAGGACUCUACAUUUGUUCGCCAGUCAAGGAUCGGCUAGCAUUAGUAGCUAUCGAAGCUGGGAUUUAAGUUAAUUUUACUAGAAAAUAAUAACAAUAAACUGGUUAAACAGAGUAUUGUUUCUUCUUAUUGCUUUGGUUGAAAAUUUUCGAAAGACUUAUAAGUACCUGUGAUAAUAUUUCGACCUCCGCUGUAAAUGCGUGAGCGCAGCUAUAGCGUUGCCUUUGCAUCAUGAUUUAGUAAAAAUAAUUGUGUCUCUGACGGAUUUUGAUAA